UAUGUAUUUAAUUUUCAAUUAUGAUAUUGCGAAGAUUUGGGUAUUCAAUUCAUAAUUUAUUUCACCAAAUUUAGCAAUUAUUGUUAUAGAACAGUCUGCUGUCUAAUGGUUAAUUAAACUACAAUUUAAUAAUGGCGAAAAAAAUAAAUUUUUUCAUACUUAGCGGCGACCCAGGUGUAGGCAAGACAACUUUGACAAAAAAAAUAUGUUUAUUAUUGAAUGAGAAAGGAGUGAAAACAGUCGGCUUCUUCACAGAGGAGGUUAGACGUAAUCAAGUAAGAGAGGGAUUUGAUGUGGUGUCAUUAAAUGGAGAGCGCGGGAGAUUAGCUAGAGAAAAGAGCUUACUUUCCUCUCCGGCACAACAUACUGUUGGAAAAUAUGAUGUCCUGCUACAAGAAUUUGAGAAUAUUGCUUUACAAUCUAUGAGAAUGCCUGAAGAUAAUGAAACAUGCGUCCUAGUCAUAGAUGAGAUAGGGAAGAUGGAAUUUUUCAGUACAAAUUUCAAGUCGAGAAUAAAGGAAAUCUUUAGUCCAGCUUCAAAAAAUAUUGUGCUGGCAACAAUACCUGUGAGACAAAGUGAUCCUCUUAUAGAGUCUAUUCGGAACAAUAGUAGGAGCAAAGUGUGGAUUGUAAUAAAAAGGCUGAUGGUGCCAAAGCUAGCUCAGCUCGAGAAUACGAUAAUGGGAAUAAUGAAGGAACUGUCCAAAAUGCCCCCCGGCUCCCGCCUCCCGGACAAGUAUACCAAAACCGAACCGAUCAAGCUGCUGUUCGAUCAGAACUACAAGGAAGACGUGUGCAUGGAUAAGCUGGAGUCGUGCCUCAAAGAGGACAAACGCCGGAAGCGCAUCCUCAAGAAGCUGUUCUUCAAGAAGUACAACUCCUUGCGACAAGAGCUCAUCGGCUACGGCGGGAGGCGGCUUUGGGGCGGGGAGGGCAACCUUUUCUAUAGAUAGUUUUAAAGCGAGCCUCGAUAGCUUAACGGUUGAGGAGCGGACUGAAUUCCGAAAGGUCGGCGGU